AUGUUAACCUGCAAGUUGUCACCGCAACUUUUCAAACUCAAUCUAUUACAAAUUGUGCGGCGACAGGUAAAAUCUACGUACGGACAGAAAUCUCCAACGGAAUAUAUACCAGUGUAUAGUUUUCCGUACAUUCAAUCACUGGCGUUUAUCCACAAGGCGAAAGUGUACCAAACUGCAGCAACAUUCAUUGGCAUUCCUGCUAGUUUUGCAUUAUCUGUUGCGAAUGUAUUCUCCACACAGGUGUGCUCAUCAAUCACCGUUUGCGGUAUAACUGGUUGCAUGCUUCUGCAUACACUCGGUUACUUAACAUCCAACACCAUUGGAAUUGUUUAUCUGCAUAAAGAUGAAACAAAGUCAAAAGUUUCAUACUUGGACGCGUGGGGAUCACGGCGGGAUGUCAUUAUUGAUCUUAAAAACAUUGUACCCUUUAGUGAUCAGCCAACACGCUUCACGGAUCCGUUAUAUUUGCGAUUUCAGCAGUACAAUAGCAAAGACAAAUAUAAAAUGAAUGUGAAAUAUGGAAUUGUGCUGGAUCCAAAGAAGUUUCAAGUUAUAUUUCAUAAAAAUUCAGAUUGAAUAGUUAAUUAUUAUGUAAAAACUUUGUAAAUUUAAACUUUGAAUCUUCAAAA